UUGUAAAAGCUUCCCAAGCAAAAUUACUCCAGCUUCGGAGUCGUUCGCUGCUGUUCUCCAGAGUUUCGAGGUGUUCCGAGGGGACAUUCGUUGUAACGGGGAGUCGCUAUAACGCUCCCAGGGCAUUAUGAUCGUCAUUAUCAUGGGGGUGUCAGGCUGCGGCAAGUAUGUGUACGGUAUACAUCAUCGGCGUAUAGUAAACAAGGUUCCGUAGUGUGAUUGCAGCCAUUAUUUAGAGUUAAGAUGUUCACCUGAGCAAAUGAGGCCACCUGUAAUAGUGACCACGUGAUAACAAUAUGCUAUCCACACUAGGAACCUUACUCUCAGAAAAGCUGGGCUGGCCGCUGUAUGAAGGAGACGACUUCCACCCUCCAGAGAACAUCGACAAGAUGGCUCGCGGGGAGGCUCUCACAGACCAGGACAGAUUCCCGUGGCUCCAUAAGCUCCACCAAGCCACUGUCAAAGCAAGGCGAUCGUCCUCUGAUGCCAUCGUGGUUUGCUCAGCCCUGAAGAGACUCUACAGGCUGAUCCUUCUCCAUGGCCGCCAAGCACUCACUUCCUCUUCCUGUUCGGAGCGAGAAGCCCUGCCUCCGUCCCUGCCCGGGGUUUACUUCCUCUUCCUGAAUGGCGACUAUGAGCUCAUCCACCAGAGGAUGGUGGCCAGAAGUGGACAUUACAUGCGGGCGGACAUGCUGCAGUCCCAGUUCUCUGCUCUGGAGCCACCAGGAGCUGAGGAGAGGGUGUUGACCGUGGACAUAAGAAAGGACAUCGGGGACAUCGUCACAGAGGUUGUGAAUCUCCUCAGCCUCAGGGCUCUCCCUUGAAGGGGUUACCAAGGGAACAGACCAUAAUCGCUCAGUGAGUGUUCACUGGGAACUGCUUGGAGAACUAGCGUGACACAUGCAGAGUUGGGUUUUCCCUCCUUGCGUCCUGACCUCAGCAGUGUGCCGGAGGGCAAGUGAAUACUUGAGUUAAUUAUUAAUGCAUUUGUUUUCGAAAAAUUAUACUGACUUACUUGAAUUUUCACAUCCUUUCCAUUUGUAAAAAUCACGAGAUCAUGCAACUGAGGUAAUUGGACAAGCUGUGUGUGUGUGGUUGCGUGUGUGUGUGUGUGUGUGUGUGUGUGUGUGUGUGUGUGUGUGUGUGUGUGUGUGUGUGUGUGUGUGUGUGUGUGUGUGUGUGUGUGUGUGUGUGUGUGUGUGUAUCACCAACAUGGUCAGAUGCCCUUGAUGAGACAUUGAACCCCAAACCCCACAUAGCGAGGGGGUCCCUGUAUUAUGCAUGCUACAGCUGCUUUUGUCCCAUGAGAUCAUCUUCGAACCCGCAACCCAGAUAUUUCAGGAGCCUCUAAUCCUGACAAAACCUUGAGGCUGUUCUCAUAUCCCACAUUCAAACCAUCUGAAAACACACACACAAUUCGUUAUUUGGGCUUAUUUCUGUUAUUUGUUAAAUUUUUACACACCUGAUCACAGAUUUCGUCAUGAUUUAAACACAUCAAAAAGAGAAAAGAAUGAUCAAAAGAAAGAAAAAAACAUGCUAUUAAAUUUCACUAUUGUCUUACUCUAGUCUAAGGGUUUGUUAUGCCUGCUCAGCAGUUUUAGUUAUUAAUGUAGAAUUAUCAAACCAAAUCACUUGGUUGUAAACUGAGUGACAAAUAUCAAACGUAUUUUCUGCUUAAAUAAGCAGUGGGUCGUGAUUUGGUUACUGGCAUUCAAGAACCUGGGCAAAGCUGCCCUCUGGUGUUUAAACAGAAAUACUACAAACCACAUCAUUUAACGGAUUAUUAGGAAACAAGUGAAAUUUGUCCCAUGUGUAACCAUUAACUAUACUUUUAGUGGUGUGAGGUAAUUACUCUUAUAAUGUGAGGAGUCCCAUCUCUGAUAUCAAGGAUGUCUAACUUGAUGUUGGGUUUUCUGUCAAGGGAAAACUUUGCUAUUAAGAGUGUCAUUGUAGUUUAGUUAAAGGUUGCAUAGGUGAUUUGCUUUUUUGGCCAUUUUUGCAAAAUUACUUGAAAUCCUUAUCAUAACCCGCUUACAGCCACUGAGUUAGAAGUACUGACACGAAAAUUAAACUUGUCAAUCAUCUGUGGAACGGGCAGGGCUCGAAAAACUCCAGCCAAUCAUAUCCAUUGCCACCGAGUUUCAUUGGACAGUAAGUACGUCAAUCAAACGGUCGUACUGCACUCCCCCUCCCCCGCGCCCCGCGCGCGACCCCUUCGUGCAGUACUCGUGACCCAGAGCAAGCUCCUGUUUGUUGUUAUCCUGCGGUAGCUACUGGAACUAGUUAAUCCACAUUUGGACCUAGCAGUAGAAGACAAUUUCCAUGGCAGACAAGACGCCACCAUCCCCACCACCACCACCACCAGCAAAGAGAAGGAAAACUCUUUUUCAGAGAGUAAUUGAUAAUAAAAACGCUGAAAGAGAAAAACUGAAAUCAAGAAUAAUCCUAGGCGCUGCUUUCGAACGUUGGCGGCAACUGAAGGACGAGAAGGGUCUAAAAACCGAUGCUUGUGUGGCGGUUGACCUAGUUUCAAAGUUUAUACCGUUUAUACUCGGUAAUACCGGUGUGGAGACGAGUGUAUUACUCGGUGUGAAAAUGUCCACACCGCGGCAACCCUAGUGAAAACCAGGACUUCCAAUACAAUUAUAUGAAACAAACAUACAUUUUCUAAAAAUAGUAAUGAUUUAUGUGACCGUUUAAUGUUUAUAACAUCUGGUGCAACCAUAGCAGCGAGAACGUAUUCUCAGCAGGGGGUGCUGGGAAAAAAAAAACUCAGCCUGCACUAGACUCGCAACUCGUUACAUUGAUAAAAAAAGAUGUAUAGCAGCGCAGCUCAAUUACACCAGUGCAUGCGCGCACAGUUGAAAAUCGAUCGUUCACAUCCAGCUGCUCACAGAACAAGUUUAGCGCACCACCGCUACCCUCACACUUUUUCAUAUAACCUUUUUUCAGCACUAGGUCAUAUGAGCAUUAAAUAAAUGCUGCGUCUCAAAAUGCCUUGGACAGCAGCGAGGAUGACUCGCUUUGCCACGGGCCGAAACAGUUCGGAGCGACCACAGCCAGAGCGAACACAGCGGGGCAGAGGAGUGUCAGGAAUAGUCUUUGGUGUACACAUCAGUACGGCCUAUUUGCACUACUGUUUAGUGGCAAUGCAGUGUUUUAUUCGAUGCCUUUUUAUUUUCGUAUAUUAUUUCAAUGAAUACAAUUUAUUUAUUCAUAAAAACCGGAUCUGGUCUUCAAAUCUUUUUUCCAAAUAUAGGUCGUCUUACAAUGGGGUUUGUGUUUAUAUUCGGACCAAUACGGUACAGCGGGCGCUCACAUGACGUUAAGCAUUUCCUGGUGCAUAAUGUGACGCUUCAGAAACUAAAAUCCCGUUUCUCCCCGUUGAACCGACAACACAUAACCGGCGUUUUCAGAAAUCUCCACUCUGGCCGGAGUUUUUAGAAAUGAUCGUUUUCUGUGAUAAGACAGGGCCUCGGACAGGGGGUGUUGCAGCACCCCCAGCACCCCUACUUCCCGCGGUACUGGGUGCAACUUACAGCUGAAUGUAGUGCCAUGUUGUUAAACGAAAACCUACGCUAGCCUGGCUCGCGCAUCUCUGUUCGCGCUCGUGCAUGAUUGCGCGUCCAGGUACUUGGAAUGGGUGGAGUCAGAGUCAGCGUUGAAGGAGAGGGGGUAGGACCAUUUGAGUUGUGUAUUUUCAAAAUCUGCUGGCGUUUCGCAAAUCACCUACCCAACCUUUAAGUUCAUAGUGCACAGAGGUAAAUAAUUGAAAUUCCCUUACACGAAUAGCAGCAAAACAUUACAUUUGGCCUCAGACAAUAAAUGCAAACAUAUUCAUCCUCAUAUGCAACCAGUUAUAUGUCCUGUAAUACAUUGAUAUCUGUAUGUAAAUAAGAUAACACUUCUGUGUGUGUGUGUGUGUGUGUGUGUGUGUGUGUGUGUGUGUGUGUGUGUGUGUGUGUGUGUGUGUGUGUGUGUGUGUGUGUGUGUGUGUGUGUGUGUGUGUGUGUGUGUGUGUGUGUGUGAGAGAGAGUGCACUGUCAAUCUGUAAAGAAUUCCGGUUCCAGGAGUGUGGACAAUGUGUGUGUACAGUAGGCAAACUGUAUGCAGACAGGAAGCAAGCAGGGCUGCUCUCCUGCCUCUGAACGUUGAACCUGAAGUUGUCUGUUGGGCCUCAGAUCCCUGAAGCUGAGAACACUGGGUAGCUCCAACUCCUCUACUGGAUGUCUUCACUCUGGACUCUGCACAGAACAUAUUUAGAUCAGGGAGGGGGAUAUACACACAUUGUAAGUACGUGUGUCUGUAUGUGGACGAAGAAUGUCAUCAAAAUCCUUGAAUGGUCUUGAUUAAUCUCCAAUUCAAGACUAUCAAAAGGCAUCCAUAAAUGUAUCCAUCAAACCAAAUUCUUCAAAAGUAAAUUAUUGGGUAAUAAACUGCAAGAAAAGGUAAAAAACAAAACAAAACGAUUCAAUAAAGCAUAAAAUAGAAUUCAAAUACAAUAUAAAUAUAAUGUUUUGGUUAUAAAGUACAAUACAAAUAGAAUACCAGGAUAAAGUACAGAAUAUAAGGUACAACAGAAAGAAGAGAAAUGUACACAAGGAGCAGAGGCCAACCUGUUGACUGGUGUUGGCCAACAUCUGCAGCAUCUGCUGUACAAACUGCAUCUG